AAAAUAAAAAAAAAUAAAAAAACAACCAUGCGAGAAAAGGCUACUACCAUGACUUUACAUCGUGUCAAAUCUGUCACUUCAGGGCAAGAGUAUUAUCCUUGAGACAGAAAUCAAAUACCAAUCGCAUAAGAGAACUUAAAGUAAAAUUAUAGAGCUGGAACCAUAAGCUAAAGAAGGAGACUGAAGGAGAGAAGAAGAAAUUAAGGGGGAAAAGAGCUGCUUGCAAAUCGUGGAAAGCUUUGGAAUGAAGGAUGGUGGGCAGAACAAGAAGGCCAAAGCCACCUUCGGGAUAACACGCAGGGGAAAUGCUUUUGAUGUGGAGAAGAUGAAGCCCCAUUUCUUCAGGGUCAUGUUUGAUUCCAUGCUAAAAGAUGCCACAAUUUACAUUCCAACCGAGUUUGUGAAGAACUAUAGAUCCAGGCUAGGCAGCUCUGUAAAGUUGAAGGUUGCUAAUGGUGAUACAUGGGAAGUUGAGCUGGCAGCUGAUGAUGAUGGGCUGAUUUGGUUUGUCAAAGGCUGGGAAGACUUCACAAAGCACCAUUGUGUGAAGCAAGGUGAUAUUGUGGUGUUCCGGCUAGAACAGGACAGCUUAUUUCACGUCAUGGUGUUCGAACCCACUGGGAAUGAGAAGAAGUACAGUAGUGAGCAUGUAAAUUACCAUGGAAGGCUGCUUAAUGUCAAAGUUGAAGAGGAGAUUGAUGUGGGGAAGGAUACAGGUUGUGGAACUUUUUGAGAACAUUUGGCAAUGUUGCAGGGCAUUGUAUUGUUGAACAGAACGUUCUGUACACAAAAGACUAAUGCGGAAAUUUGUAUCUUUCCAUGGACCAAUCCCUGCAGAAAAGCUCAAGGAAGUGCAAACCAAGAAGCGUGGUAGAGAAGAGAAGAGGAAUGCAAAUUUGGCUGCUCCACUUGAGAUUCCAAACCAUCCAUUGGAGACAAAAAUGAGAGGAGCACCGAGACCAAGGAGGGACGAUCCCUCAACAAGCUCGACAAAUCCAAGCUUCUCCAUUAACAUAACAGAGUAUAACAUGAAGAGGGGCUUUACAACCUUGCCGACUGCUUUCGUGCACAACCACAUGAGGCCUGAAAGUGGCCCUGUGAAGGUUUCUGCUGAAGACGGGUCGGGUUCGUGGGACUUGUCCUUUAUCUUCAGUGGACGCACUGGACGCACCCAUGGAAGGGGCCAUUUCGGUGGAGGUUGGCCUGCGUUCCGCAGGGACAACUCUCUGGAGCUAGGAGACGUUUGCAGGUUCGAGCUCACCUCCAAUGGCCAAAUGAAGGUGACUGUCAAGAGGCAUUGAGGCUGUGGUUUGGUUUGCUUGUGUUUGAAGCUUUUGUGGUUUAGGGAUUAAUGCGUUAAGUUAGAAAAGUGCUAACUGCUAAGGCUGUGCUAGUGCUUUGUUUUGGGAUCCUGGAGUCCCCCAUGAAUUGUGUUUGACGGCUUAACAGUACUUUUAGCUACGAUGCUCAAUAGGGGUUUUUGUUAAUGUAUCUAUCUAAUGUGAAUAAAGACAUGAUUCAACAACAUAAGUACAUGUUAAAAAAAUC